AUUUCCCAAAUGAAAUACAUCUAAAACUUUUCUAUUCAUAUUCAAAAGAAAGUUUUACUUGCACAACAAUGGCAGUACGUUGCUCUAACUCCUCCAUCUUGGUUGUCAUCUCUUUGCUUCUUUUGGUUACAUUCUCCAAUGUAGCCGAGGCUUAUGGACGAGCAAAACUCCGCCCUUCAGAUUGUAAGCCAAGGUGUACGUAUCGUUGUUCUGCAACUUCACACAAGAAGCCAUGCAUGUUUUUCUGCCAAAAAUGUUGUGCUGCAUGUCUCUGUGUUCCACCGGGUGUGUAUGGAAACAAGCAAGUUUGUCCUUGUUACAACAGCUGGAAGACAAAGGAAGGAAGACCAAAAUGCCCUUAGGCUUUUAAUUUCCUCAUAUAAUUGAGAAAUGUGAUAUUUAUAAUUUGCAAAUGCUAAUUGUUUUCAUACCUAUAGUGUAUGAAAGGUGAGGGGUUUUACUUUUCAAUGACACUCACCAUGUAUGAUUUUGUUCUUUUAACCAUAAUAUGAAGGUUGGAAGGCUUAUUAAAUUUUGGCAUUUUGUUUUUCAAUGUUGUUUCUUAUGUUCUACAAUAAAAUUAAAGCAAUGCUCUGUUGCUCUUUGUAGUACUACUAGUGCAUAUUUAGUUCAAUUUGUGUUA